AUGUCUUCGUCGUUCAAUUUCUCUCGUCCAACUACUAAAGCCGAUGAUCUCGAGGACCUUUACAAGGCGUACGGGGUCGAUCGCACCGUCGUUCUUGAUUUUCCCGGUACGCAUGAGACUCCCGAAACCGUGCGAGAAAGCUACUACGGAGCCUAUCUUUCUUUCUUUCACUCUUGUGGUCUUAUCUUCCCGAUCCCUGAGCCAAUACUUGAGAUUCUGGCGGAGCUUGGGUUAUCGCUUACUCAGAUCCUCCCAAACUUUCUUAGGUAUCUUAUCGCCUUCUUGGUUAGGGUUAGGGAGGAAGGUCUUUCUUUUGGCCUUAGUGAGUUCCGACAGCUCAUUCUGGUGAAGCGGAACCAGCAGAACCAUGCUCCUUCAGGAAGCUCCUCGAUGUCAGACGAGAUUCGUGGUCUGAUCGGGAUUCUUCGGAGAGAUCGUUCGAACUGGUCAACGUUUGACCAAGCUCGGAUACGAGCUGUUUUUGCUAUGCCGGAGGGGACCGACAGCGCUCCUUUGGUUGGGGGUUCUGAGGACGAGGCCGAAAACUACCAGGAAGUCAUAGCGACUCCUUCCGUUCAGACCCAAUCUUCAGAUCGAUUAACUAGACAGCUUGUGAGGAGGUCGUCGUUCCGCACUUCCGGGUCUGCAUCGAGGGGCCGAUCUUCUGGAAAAUCUCCCUUGAUCUCGAUUCACGACUCUGACGAUGAAGAUGUUUUGGGAGAGAGGCGGCCUCGUGUCUCGUUGAGCCCUGGCUUGGAAGACGAGACCGUUGCAGUGACUCGCAAACGACGCCGGUCAUCGGUGGGUGCCUUGCCCAGUUCAUCUCGUCCUAGGUUUGUUCCUGAGGGAGAUGGUUCUUUGUUUGCGGCCCAAAGUGACCUAAUUUCCCUCGCUGGUCGUAUGAGGUAUGCGGGUUGCCGUCUCCCAUCUCUUGCUUCCUCAGCCGAGAAGGAAGCCUACGCCAAGGUUGCGGUGGCGAGCUCUAAGGUGAUGGAAGCUUUUAACGAAUACGUUGUGUUGAUGGAAGAUCACGUCGUAGCUUCUCAGAAUGAUAAAGAGAUCGAGAGCAUCGGUUCCGAGAUCAAGAGGCUUUCGAAGGAGCUCGAAGCCACCAAGCGAGAAGGGAAGAAGGAUGCCGAAAAGAUUGAGGCUUUGACUGAAGAUUGGAGGAGAAUUCACCUGGAGAACGAGGCUCUUAUGACCCAGAUGGUUUCUCAAAAGGCAAGAAUCGCGGCGCUCGAGGUCGAGAGAGAUCGGGACAUUCGUCGUGCUUCCCGUAUUGCUCGUCGUGCUAUUGCUUUGUUCUGGGACUUACCAUAG